AUGGCGACCUUGCUCCAAUCAGCAUCACAAUUUGGAGUGCGUGCGCUGGAUCAUCUCUUCCUUGCACUGCAUGCCACGCCGGAAAGCUCUGCGGUGGUAGCAGAGAGAAUGAUAGUGGACUUUCCCCACUCUUUCAGGGGCUUCCUGAGAAUGGCUGCGGCGUAUGAAGCCUCGAAUCCAAAAGUCGCAUGUCUGGCUUUGGCGCAAGCGUGCAAGACAAAUGCGGAACUAGUUCCCAAAGUUGCAAAACGACUUGGCACUUUGCGUAAUCAAGUGUCGUACGGACCGACGGUGACGCUUGAAGAGCUCGAGUCCAUUCCGCUUCCUAUCCGGGACCAACUGCUUGGAAGCUGGCCUGCGCAGCUCGAUGAGGUCAUGUCAUCCACGCUUUGGACGGCUUGCACACAGUCACGCAACCGUUCGCACUUUGGCACGUAUGGCAUUCCGCGCUUCUUUUCCUGGGUCUACCCGGGACGCAUAGCAGGAAUGUCGACUCCACGCAACGCGCAAGACAUCGACGCCCUGGUCGACAUGGGUUUCGAUCACGUCUUGUCGCUCGCAGCAGAGUCCCCACUGGAUCCAGCCUGGUUUCGCUUCAAGGCGAUCAAGCACGUGUUUGUGCCACUGGAGAAUUAUGGACACCCGACGCUUGAAGAGAUGGACAGCAUCCUCGAGCUAAUUGAGCAGAGCGGAACUUGGCUCAUUCACUGUGGAGGAGGAGUGGGCCGCGCAGGCACGAUUCUUGCAUGCCUAAUUUCGAUAUUCGGCAGAGGAGACGAGGAGAAGAUGGGCUAUCCUUUGCUGGAUGCAGGCGCUGCUAUCUCGCUCCUUCGAUCGAUGAGACCGAGAUCACUGGAGAGCGAGAGUCAAGAACGCUUCGUGUCCGCCUAUGUUUCGCAUCGAUGGAGAUGUGCUGGCGCAACGAAAUUGCCAGAACCCAUGUCGUCGCUCAGAGUGGAGCGCUCUCUCAGUAGCAAAGCACCUCUGGACGAUUUGUCUGUGCCGACAAUCAUCGUGAUGGUCGGACUGCCCGGAUCUGGAAAGAGCUGGCUAGCUGCAGCCAUAGCGAAGCGACGUGGAGAUACGGAAAUAAUUAGCCAAGACACUGACGGCCGAGCAGCUUGCGAACGAUCGAUGGGCAUGAAGCAAAGAGACGGCGUACUCGUCAUUCUUGACCGCUGCAAUCCUCGGCAAGAUGAUCGCUCGUCGUGGCUUGCCCUGAUGAUAUCUACGCGAAGGAAGAUUGCAGUCUUCUUCGACAUUGACGCGGCUCUCUGCAAGCAGCGCAUGGAUAGGCGGCUAGGACACCCGAUCAUUCGCGCAGGCAGAGGGUACAACGCGCUGGACCAGAUGCAACGCGACAUGCGCCUACCCUCCUUAUCAGAGGGUUUCGAUGCGUUAUUGACCGUCACUAGUAUGCACGCAGCCAAAGAGGCGCUUCGAGUACUGAGUCCGAGCCCGAAGCUGCUAAAAUUCCCUCGCACCCCGCACUUGUUCAACACUGGCGCUGCUACGCACGACGACCUCACGUGCGAAGACAUCGGAAGCUCCAUCACUGGGAACAUCGUAGUGGAGGAAAAGAUUGACGGAGCCAAUUUGGGUCUGUCUCUCGAUGCCGACGGCAUCAUCCGCUGCCAGAACCGAAGUCACUGGAUCAGCUCUGCGGAUCACAAGCAGUUCAAGCCGUUGGACGGAUGGAUAGAAGCGCAUCGCGAUGCGGUGUACAAAUUACUUGCCAGAGACAGCCAAUUUUUGGAACGCUUCAUCUUGUAUGGAGAGUGGAUGGUUGCCAAGCACUCCGUAUACUACGACCGCCUGCCCUCGCACUUUGUCGCAUUCGACCUCUACGACAGGUUGACACAGCGAUUCUGUUCCAGGUCGGCGCUCGCAACAGCGUUGCGAGGAACAGCUAUUGCACACGUGCCUCUUGUCUUGCAGACCUCGCACGUCACGCGAGAACGUCUGCUGUCACUCUGUCAAGAGCAGAGCCUCUUUAGUACCGAAAGGCGAGAGGGAGUGUACCUGCGUUUUGAGGACGACGAGCAUCGAUACACUAUCAAGAGGGCAAAGGUGGUUCGAUCGGACUUUAUCGCAGGCAAUGAGCACUGGUCCAAGAGCAUCUUUACUCCGAACGUCAUUGCGGAUGGCCAUGUCGUCGAAGCAGGCGAUCGAUGA